UUGCGAAACGUCGUACUAACCUCGUCGAGGUGGUGAUUCUAACGUAAAUCGUCCGUUGCCUGCAGUAUCCGAAUACCAUGCGGCCUUGGGAUCCCAUAUUCGUAGUCAGACUGAAACGGCAAGCGAGUACUUUGACCCAAGCGUGUUCCAGAUAGUCCGAGGGAAGGUCUUGCACGACAACAAUCGGGAAGAGAUGGAUCUGAAUGGGUCCGGCGAUGAAGACAACACAGAAAAAUGGGUCCGCGGAAGCUAUGAGGGGGACUUGGAAGACAAAGAAAGUCAGGGGAAACGAAAACGUCAGCGCAUAUCCCAGGAACGGCUUGAGUGUCUGGAAAAGGCCACCCGCGUCUCCUAUCCGCAAGACGUUGUCGAUAUCCUUAUGUUACCGAUUAGUGAACGGUCACUGCCCCAGAACAUGAGAAUUCUGAUCACCCGGAUUUUAUGGGGUUUGAAACCAUAUCCGCUACCCGAUGUGACGGACUACGAGUCACGAUGUGAAUGCCACUUCAUGGUCUACUUAGAUCAUGUGGGAGCUCUAGAAUACCAGUGUAGGAAACACUUCGGACUGGAUGGGCAAUGGACGCAUCUCGAUAUUCUGUAUGUCAUCACUCAAUUUUACGGGCCACCGUUCAAGCGGAUAGCAGAAAUCGAUUUUCCGUGCCCAUGUACUCGCGAGGAUUUCCGAAGGCUGCUGAUUGCGCACUUCACCCUCAUGCAUACCAUGACCAAUCUUCAAGUUUCGGAGGGUGAUGAUGGCCUCAAAGUUCUGCUAUCGAAGCGAUUUCCUCGGGCUCCGCCUUCGAAUAUCCGUAUCAAACUGGGCAAAUGGGUCCGCGCAAGAGACUUUGAAGUCGCCAAUUUGCGGAUUGAGUGGACCGACGAUCUAGCUGAGCAUUUACAGCUCGUUGAUAAUACCACCAUCCGCAUCUUUCAUCAUAUCUCUUUCUUGUUCGGCUCAAAAGUAAGCCAGAAUGUCUAUCCAGCGGGAUUGCGCCAUGAAACAAUGUGGACGCUGGCCUUGUUAUUUCCGCGAUCCGACCGGAAAACGCAAGAAUGGCUAGAAUAUAAACGUAUGGAAAAUGGCGGAGUGCACCCAGACGUUAAGUUGCAAUCGGUAUUGUUGGAUUUUGCUGCACCAAAACAUCUGCAACACUAUCCCUUCUGGCGCGAACGUUUGAUUCUAUUGAGAAAGCACAUAGACCGUGCUUCACCCCAUCAAAAACAUUCACGAGACUUUUCAAAGACUCCCGUAACGUGGACCAAUGGUUCAACUCCUGGGUUGCGGUAGUUGUCAUUGGCCUAACGCUUUUCUUCGGUUUGGUGCAAAGCAUCGAAGGCGCCAUUCAAGUAUACAAGGCGUAUCAUCCGGUCGAUGGCAGUUAGUGUCGCGAUCUGUUGCAGUCAUCAUUGGAAUUGCAGACGUGCGAGCUUUUCAGUUAGAUAAGUCAUUAGCAUCUGUGUAUUAAGUCAUUCCAAUUUGCUAGUGCAACGGGGACUAGUAUGUACAUCUGUUUAUUAGUCUGC